UUUUUUCAUCGCCCCGCCCCGGCCCGUCGCCAUGUUGUUCCCUCCGCGCUGGACGGGAGCAGCUGGACCUGGAACCUGGCUGCGGUACCUUCGCUGCCUCCUGCUGUGCAGGUCCCCGACCCUCUCUCUGUCCUCAUUGCACCCAGACGGGCCGGCUCAGAGCUCCCGGCUCGUCUUCCGUGUGGCCGCGAGACACUCUUGCACUCCUGUAAUGAGCCUGGCACUGUGAUGAAACACUUUUCCUCUGUUGUUUGAGUGCAUCUUCUCAACAACCCUAGGAGGGUUCUUGAAGCUCUUGAGAUUAACAAUGGCAGGAAAAUCAUCACUUUUUAAAGUAAUUCUCCUUGGAGAUGGUGGAGUUGGGAAGAGUUCACUUAUGAACAGAUAUGUAACUAAUAAGUUUGAUACCCAGCUCUUCCAUACAAUAGGUGUGGAAUUUUUAAAUAAAGAUUUGGAAGUGGAUGGACAUUUUGUUACCAUGCAGAUUUGGGACACGGCAGGUCAGGAGCGAUUCCGAAGCCUGAGGACGCCAUUUUACAGAGGUUCUGACUGCUGCCUGCUUACUUUUAGUGUCGAUGAUUCACAAAGCUUCCAGAACUUAAGUAACUGGAAGAAAGAAUUCAUAUAUUAUGCAGAUGUGAAAGAGCCUGACAGCUUUCCUUUUGUGAUUCUGGGUAACAAGAUUGACAUAAGCGAACGGCAGGUGUCUACAGAAGAAGCCCAAGCUUGGUGCAGGGAUAACGGCGACUAUCCUUACUUUGAAACGAGUGCAAAAGAUGCCACAAAUGUGGCAGCAGCCUUUGAGGAAGCCGUUCGAAGAGUUCUUGCUACUGAGGAUAGGUCAGAUCACUUGAUUCAGACAGACACAGUCAAUCUUCACCGAAAGCCCAAGCCUAGCUCAUCUUGCUGCUGAUUGUUAGAUUGUUGAUGCAUUCUAACCAACUCACACAUAUACACAAAAUCAACAUGGGGAUGGAGAAGAGAAUUAGCAUUUGCAGCAGUGUAUCAUCUACUAAUAAAAUUAAACUAAUGUAUGUUGCUGCUUCGUUAGUUGGUGGGAGAAGGGACACAUCCAAUCAUGGAGGAAUAUAUUUACUCAAUAAUGGCACCUUACAUUUAUAAAUUGUAACGGUUGUCUAAUAACGUUUCUUUAAAUAUGUAAGUUGCAGAGCUAAUAAAUGAGAUGACCAAGACAUUAAUUAUAAUUAAAAUAAGAAACUUGACUAUUCUAGAAGUUAUACUUGGAUUUUUUCCUGGGAAAAUGGAGAACUACUUUUUAUAUGUGUAUGUUUUUAUGCAAUUAGCAUUGUAUUCUUGGUUCAGGGAAAUAAUUUCCUAAAGCAAUAAUGUUAGAUAUUAAAGAUUAAAAUCUAAUGUAUUUGCAA